AGACAUUCCGGUUGAUCGCGAUUUUCGACUGUUUUGAACAUAACCAAAACAAUUUGUCAACCCAAAGGGAACUUGUGAAAUAAACAGUGGAAAAUGUUACCCUUAAAAGGGCUACAACUUCUUCGUGCCCAUCGUCAAUUUUCAUCAAAGAUCCAAGUAAAAUCAAAGCCAAAUGAACUUUCAUCGAUGGAAAUUCGCAACCUGUUCCUCAACUAUUUCGUCGAAGAACACAGCCACAAAUUUAUCCGUUCAAGUCCGGUGAUACCAUUCUGUGAUCCGACCGUUCCAUUCGUGAAUGCCGGCAUGAAUCAGUUCAAAAAUAUUUUCCUCGGUAAAGCGACACCUUCAUGUAAAGCAGCCGCUAAUUCACAAAAAUGCAUACGAGCCGGUGGUAAGCAUAAUGAUUUGAGCAUAAUCGGCACGGAUGGUUAUCAUCACACAUUUUUCGAAAUGCUGGGCAAUUGGUCGUUCGGAGAUUACUUUAAGGACAAAGCGUGUCGAAUGGCCUGGGACCUGUUGACGAACGUUUACAAGAUCGAUUCGUCCCGUUUGUAUGUGACUUACUUCGGCGGCGAUGCGAAACUGGGUCUGGAACCAGAUUUCGAAUGUAAAGAAAUAUGGCAGAGCAUCGGUGUGCCGCUUGAUCGAAUUCUACCGUUCGGUAUGAAUGAAAAUUUUUGGGAAAUGGGUGCAACGGGACCGUGUGGAUCGUGUACCGAAAUCCACAUUGACCAUUUACCUAACAGUGAUCCAAUGCAGAGAGGUCGAUUCGUAAAUGCUGGACUACCCGAUUUGACUGAGCUGUGGAAUGUCGUUUUCAUCGAAUAUAAUCGAAAUACUGAUGGAACAUUGGAGCCACUGAAGCAAAAAUUCAUCGAUACUGGAAUGGGAUUCGAGAGAUUGGUAGCUGUAUUGCAAGGGCAGUCAAGUAACUACGACACCGACCUGUUCUUGCCGAUUUUCGAUGCAAUUUCCAAGGAAUCAGGGAAGACCGCUUACAGUGGCAUCUACAAUCCCCAAGACUCAAACUAUGAACUUGACUUUGCCUAUCGAUUAGUUGCUGACCAUGUACGAAUGAGCAGCGUUUGCAUCGCUGAUGGAAUGUAUCCCCAAACGAAUCACAGACUACGCAAAAUUAUGCGAAAGGUGACGAAUGUUUGCGAUCAAAAAUUCCAAUCGAAAAAUCUCAUCCAAAACGCAAUCAUCCCGAAAAUCGUCGAAUCGUUGGGACUCGUCUAUCCGGAACUGGAGAAAAAUGCGCAGAGCAUUUGUGACAUAUUUCGGUACGAGGACGAGCUGUUCAAAGCUGCCGUCGAAAAUAAUCGCAAGAAUUUCAAACUCUUGAAAAUACCGGAGACAAGCAACAUAAAGGAGGAGGAUACGGUUGACUUUUCCAACUUUACCGUAGCCUAUCGAGACGUGGAGAAGCUAGUGCAAUCCCAGAAAAAAUUGACAACUUUGCCGGUGGAAUUCGUUUACGACAAACUGUUUGUGACGAACGGUCUGAACGAUGACCUGAUCCAAAAGUUGGCUGAUGAGAUGCACCUUAAGGUGGAUAUGAACGCAUUUCAUAUUUACAAAAAUGAGAAGAAGCUCGAAGCAAAAUCUCGUCAUCAAACCGAAACGAGUUCCAUUCUCGACAGAGCAGUUUCAUCCCAUUUACCGGCGACCAUUUUCCAUCCCAUGUACGAUUAUGCAUUCGACGAAAAAUCGCGACAGUUCAACGUGAAUCCAAUCCAAGCGACAGUUGCCAUUGUCGAAUACAGUGCGAACGACGACACAUAUCACAUCAUUCUGGAUAGAACGAAUUUCUAUCAUACUGCCGGCGGUCAAGACUCGGAUAUUGGUCAGAUCACCACUGACAACAGUGUGUUCGAAGUGGAAAAUGUUGCGAUCCACAAGGACUAUGUGGUACACUCCGGACGUUUCGUGAAUGGAACAAAACCAUUUCAAGCAAAUGAACGAGUCAAUCUUCUAGUCGAUCCAUACCAUCGGACUCGACUAUCGCAACAUCAUACAACGAUGCACUUACUGCAAGCGGCAACGAAGCAUGUUACGAAUCGAAUAGUUUUUCAAGAAUCGAGUCGAGUGUCUGCUUCGAAUUUGAAGUGUCAGUUGGGUGUAAUCGGGAAGCGGAUCAAAUUAGAUCAGUUGGAAAGUAUUGAGAAAUUGGUAUGCCAAGUUAUUCAAUCGAGUGUUCCGAUUGACACACAGCAUGUGGCUGCCCAUGAACUCUAUGCUAUGAACAACCUGACAACUUUGCCCGGUGCCACCUAUCCAGACAAUGAUAUUCGAGUGCUGCGAGUAAAAGAUGACGUCAAUGAAUUUGAAUCAAUAGAACCGUGUUGCGGAACCCAUGCCAGCAAUACAAGUCAAUUGGAAGAUUUCCGUUUCACAUCGUUCAAAGUGAACAACAGUUCGUCGUAUCAAAUCACGGCAGUCGCUGGACGACUGGUCGAGCCACUGAAAUUGAAAGAAAUCGAAUUUCUGCGAGACUAUGAGACGUUGAAGGAAAAAAUCUGUUCCGAUGCCAACGAUAGAAACGUCGACGAAUUGGAAGCGAUCGAGUCACAGUUUAAUCAGCUCAAACGGCAACUUCUCGAUGGUCAGCUACCGUACAUUACAUCUGCAAGAGUUUUGUCAGAAAUGGAAAGAUUCGACAAGCAAAUCCGAAUAGAACAAAGGUCUCUCAUCAGACAAUCGAUGGUCGCGGAAAUAGUUGACGUACUUGCCAGCCGAAAACAAUGUAUUGUUCACGUUCUGGAAACGAAACAUCCGCUGGAAGAGGCCUUACUUGCUGAAGCUCUAUCGAUGUGCAACGACCUCCCCGUCAUUUUGUUGAACGUUUCAAAUAAUCAAAUUGUUGGUGCACGUGCAAGCAUACCACUGAAUUACGUAGCUAAACAAUUCGACGCGAAAGAUUGGCUAACGGAAAUUUUGCGUCCGUUUAAAAUGAAAUGCUCUAAAGCAAAGCAUAAAAAUAGUUCCAGUCAAUCGUCUCUGAAGGAAAUAUCCAAUGAAUCCGUAGAACCAGCACAGUUAAAGGAAGCGACAGAAAGAACGAAAGCAUUGGGAGUAAAAAUGUUUAGUAAAAGGAUCGCAGCUGAUGAGAACCGUCGAUUCGUUGAAGCAUUUCAGUUGAAAAAGGACAUCCAAGACUACCGGUCUAGAAUCAAGAAGGUCAAGAGUUUGGACGAUGUGCUCAGUCUCACUAAAUUGAUAUGGUAUGUUCGUGAAAACGUUAAACACGGUCUGUACUCCUAUGAGCUGAAGAAAACUUGUUGGGCUGAAUUGGCGGAGAUCAACGAUCAAAUAGUUGACGCUCAACACGAAAUUGAAAGAAAAUUGUACGAUCCUGAUCUGGAGAAAACCAUAUCCAGCGGCACAUUGAACAAGAAACCUUGCGUCUUCCACGUGAUUUCUACGCGACAUCCUUUGCAUCUUCGAACAAUUAUGCGAAUGACGGACACAUACAACCAUUUACCACUGAUCCUGAUUGUCAUUUCGGGAGAUGUUGCCAUUGGACGUAUUAGCAUACCGAUAGCUGACAAUGAACGAAAUUUGACUGCUAAAGAGCUCAGUGACGAAAUUUGUCUGAAAUUUGAUGGAACGACCAUUCAUCAUGGGACACGAUUAGGGACGUCGGUUUGCGACUUCCAGUUGAAAUCGAGUUUAAUAAACGAAGCAAAUCUGAAAGAGAUGUUUCAACGAAUCGAAAAUUUAGUUAAGAAUGCUGUGUAAACGGGAAGGCAGUCGAAUCCAGUCAGUGUUAGUGAAUUUGUUACAAUAAAAGUACCAAGUGGCAAAGUGAA